ACGCGCGAUGAGUUUGGAGAAAUUUAAUACUAAUGCCGGAACUAGGUACUCUCUUUUUGAUAUUUACAUCGGUACACAAACAAGUUCAUUACUGACCUAGUGUUAAGUGGCCCAUAAACGCCACAACGUAAAUCCCGCGGAUUGCCUUGUGAUCCAAGGCGCAAUGUGACCUUGGCCAUGUUCGUUCAUUAUGUCAGUUUUCGACGCCCGUCCGCUUACUCCUCGCUCGGUUAGUGCAGUGAAUACAUUCAGGCAGUCAGGUUGACUCCGGUGGACUAGGGUUAUGUUAAAGAAUAUUGCCAGCUUAACCUCUGCGACAGCGGCUAGAUCCUCGAAGAUGACAAGUGUACACAGCGCCUACAAGGAAGAAGUCCAUGAUGUUCCAAUGUCGGUUAUCACCAGGCCCUUCAUUCCGGAGCUGGACGAGGCCAAAGUGGAAUCUCUCAUGGAAACAAUACAGAAGCAAGAGCUAGCAGGCAACGUCCCGCCAAUAGACAUACUUUGGAUCAAAGGCUCUCAAGGUGGCGAUUACUACUACAGUUUCGGCGGAUGCCACAGAUUCGCAGCCUAUAAACGUUUGAAUCGUCCCACGAUUCCCGCCAAACUGAUCAAAUCUACAGUUUCCGAUUUAAAGACUUAUCUCGGUAGCAGCACACCCGAUCUAAAAUAAACGUGGCUAGAGUAAUUUAAUAAUCUGGUUAUUUAUUUCUAUGUAAAAAUUGUAAUACUUUUAGGUUACUUUUAAAUAUAUUUUUGUUUUUAAAUAA